AUGGAAGAGUAUUGCACUUCAGCAGAAUAUACACCAAGGCACAAAUUUACCCUUUGGCUAGCUACUUGGAGAAGGUUAGCAACAGUAGACAGAUUGCAAAGAAUUGGGAUCCAUGUUCCAAUGGACUGUAUAUUUUGUGACAGUGCAGUUGAGACAUUAGAUCACCUCUUAUUUCUGUGUCCUGUUACUCAUGCUCUUUGGAAUAGACUGCUGGUCUGGUUAGGUAUUCAAAGGAAUAUUGCGAGUUGGCAGGAGGAGGUGCAUUGGGCGUGUAAAUGGGCUAGGAAAAAGACAAGGAGAGGGGCAAUAAUAUGCUGUGUUUUUGCUAUGGUUGUCUCCAUCAUUGGAGGGAAAGGAACAACAUGCGAUUCCAGUCAGGCCACUUCCAUUGUGACAGGAUUUACAGGGAGAUUGCCAUCCACAUCCAUAUCAGAGGCAAGGACUUGA